CAGGUAUCCGAGCGCACGGACUGCGGUCUGCUCCAGGGUAUACUGCACCUUGAUUGCAGAUUGGUGUGGUUGGGAGCUGCAACUUGGACAUUAGACAUACCCAAAAAGACUAGAGCAAUUUCGUGGCUAUCGCUCAUUGCAAUGACCAAUCGUCAGAGCCCCGCUUCCACAGCCCAAGCCCUUUGGGGCCUCUCAAACCCUCCGCCCAACGAUGAGCUUCCCGCACUGAAAUCGAGCUCCGACAUUAUGUGGAGCAUGUGGAACUUGGCGAAUCCGAAUAACGUGGGUGGGAUCAAGUACGUCCUUAGUACGCCUGUUACCAACAACAAGACAGUUGCGAUAAUCGAAAAGAUCUUACAGGACAACUGCCUCGAUCUGAAUGAGCUGAUGGUGUGGUCUGGCUGUGAGUUCGCGUCAGAUGAGUCGGAAUAUUUCGCUUUGCUCGGAUCACCGAAUGGGCAAGCCAUUGGGUAUUUUCUGGCGCAGCACAAGAGCCAGCUCGGCGGAGAAUAUGUGUCAAAGAUCAACAUCUUCAAGGGAGAUGAUCCACAUAUGGUUGCCGCCUGUCUCCUUUUCACGAUCGAAGAUAGGGCUGGAGCUGCGAGGGCCGCUAUCGGGGAUGAGUCAAAUGGCACUGGUCGCGUUGAUGAGGGCAUAGUUUUGAAGCGAGACGAAUACGAGAAGAAUGUUGUGAGACGGCAUGUUAUGUGGGCGAAGUUGUAGAUUGCCAAAGACGCGUCUAGAGCGCGUGUUUCGAUGUACAGCUACGGCUUAUAUGCCAAGAUCUGUCUUCGAGAGCUGAAAUAGACCUAAUUGAAGGUGCGGCCCUGUUGGUCAAACGGAUUUCGAUAACAAUUUGGUGACUUUCGUAACGGAUCUCAA